AUCAGUUGAUAAUAGUAGUUGGCAUCACAUCACUUAUUUCGUAAUUUGCUUCGUGUCUUGAAUCAUACCUUCUUGAGAUAUUAAAUUGUUUAAUUUUCGUUUAGUGUCUAUGAUCUACAUUAUCUUCAGACAGCUAGGUAAAUAAGAGAAAAAACGAUGGAUUCAUUUUUGGGGCUCUUCGACCCGGGCUCGGGGCCCACAAUGAGUGAGGUGUGGCCGGAGGAUGAAAAUAGCCCGUUGCCUCCAGAGCCUCAACUAGGAAAUAUUGAGUACAAAUUGAAACUGAUUACUCCAUCAAGACUGAGGUUUCAACAUCUUGUCACUCAGAUGAAGUGGAGGCUUCGUGAAGGUCAUGGCGAAGCAAUUUACGAAAUAGGUGUUGAAGACAGUGGCUUGCUCAUAGGUUUAAGUGAAAGUGACAUGAGAGCUUCCCUGAAAACUUUGGAGCAAAUGGCGAUGAAAUUGGGGGCUACAACCACAGUCCUCCGAGAAAGAAUGGUUGACAACACUCGAAAAGUGACGGAAGUUCUAGUCAGGAAGAUUCCUGAUGAUCAGCAUAAUAUUGAAGUAAGAGUGGCUGUGAUGGGGAAUGCUGAUGCCGGAAAAUCUACUUUGAUAGGUGUUUUAACUCAAGGACAACUCGAUAGUGGAAGAGGCAGUGCGAGGUUGAACAUGUUCCGACAUCUCCAUGAAAUUCAGUCGGGACGCACAUCUUCUAUAUCUCAUGAAAUUCUUGGAUUUAACUCUAAGGGCGUUGUUGUGAACUACAGUGAGGCCAUGACAGCUGAAGAAAUCUGUGAAGUGUCAACGAAGUUAAUAUCAUUCUUGGAUUUAGCAGGCCACCGGAAGUAUUUUCGAACGACAGUAGCAGGGCUCAGUGGAUACUCACCCCACUACAUCAUGCUUAUUGUCAGCGGGCCUGGUGGUGUUUUAGGCAUGACAGAAGAGCACCUCACACUUGCUCUUGCCUUAAAUGUACCUUUCUUUGUUGUGAUAAGCAAAGUAGAUCUUGUUUCCCCCGAAGAAACUCUCAAAGGUGUUGAAAAUGUACUGAAAUCCACAGGCUGCCGAAGGGUACCUCUUGUGGUCAGGAAUGAAGAUGAUGUUUUAACAGCUGGCUCAAAUCAACUGAGUGAGAAUAUUGUUCCAAUUUUUUGCAUCUCAAGCGUAACUGGAGAGGGCCUGGAACUUCUCACAAGGUUUUUGCAUGUCUUGCCACCAGGUGUUAGUAACAAGGAAAAGCAAAGACUUGAACAGGAAGAGCCAGAAUUUCAGAUUGACGAAACUUUUCGAGUUCAUGAUGUGGGGCCAGUUGUGGGUGGAUUACUCACAAAAGGUGUUGUUACAGAAAAAACCGCUCUAGUCAUAGGUCCAUUAGCAAAUGGAGAAUUUUUGCCUGUAACUGUUCAGUCCAUACACAGGAACAAAGCACCAUGUAGGGUAGUUCAUGCAAGUCAGAGUGCAUCGCUGUGUUUAGACAGAGUCAUUCCAGGUCUUCGUGUUGGAAUGGUUUUAUUAAGUUGUAAUGUGCCACCAUCAGCAUGUUAUUUCUUCCAGGCACAAGUUUGCGUGCUUUAUCACUCGACCAGUAUUCACGCUGGAUUCCAAACAACAGUCCAUAUUGGGAAUAUAAGACAAACUGCUGUCAUUGAAGGAAUCAUGGCUUGUAGCAGUAUGCAUACUAACGAUAAUGCUGCGGUCUUGUUCAGGUUCAUGCGCCAUCCGGAGUAUGUUCAGGUCGGCAUGCGUUUGUUGUUUCGAGAAGGAGUCACCAAAGGCAUCGGUAAAGUUACUCAAAUUUUUCCCCUAGAGACUCGAGUCUCGGGAGACUCAAGUGAAGAAUAAAUUUACAGGGUUUUUACAUAAAUUUCAGACUUAAUGAAGCAAAUCUGUUACAUUAACAAAAUGUUCUAGUUCCAUAAUUCUGCAUGUUUAUCUCUGGAGUCCUUUUCUCUUCUACAUUAACUCAAAACUUGCUAUUUUGCAGAUUAAAUCUGUAUAGUUCACAUAUUCUUUUCCAACUGUUAACUCCAUUUGACCUUCAUCUAAGGCCUUAUCAACUAAGAUCUGCAAUAAAUAUUGACCUACUCUAGGUCUACUUUCUUCGCUUAGCACAGCAGUAUACAAGUUGAAAUGAGAGUCGUACAUAAUCGGCAAGUCAGAAUGUAAUAUUUUCACUGCAUCCUUAGAUCAAAGAAAUUCUCCUUUUUAUGGGAAGCACGAUUCAAAUUUGUGGUUCUCCUUUUUUGGCGAACUUCAGACCCCGUCUCUCAAACUUGUUUUUUUUUAAUAUCGUUUAAAAAUGAUAAGGUACGCAUUCUUAAGCAGGAACUAAUCAUUGUGAAGUGUUAACUAGAAAUUGCCUGUUCACAUGAAUUUUUUUACUUAUUUUGAUGCUAUAGUGAUGAAAGACAAUGACUCUUGAUUUGUGUCAAGGAUUCUCUUUUUAAUGUCUUUUCUUGACCUAGCAUGUUACCUUACACCUCAGUGUGUAGCCAUGCUGCCUUAUAAAUUUCAGUGGUUUGUUUUGAGCAAGUUGAUGUCUUUUGACUCUGUCUGAUCUGUUUAGCCUUUAUGAAUGUCAACCUUGCAUACUGUGAAUUUUCCUUGCUUGAUGUGUUCCUGACGGAACUUUUCUGUGUAACAAAAAGAGGAGAAAACCUCCAUCUCUUGAUGAAAAAGUUAUCUUUUGAAUGGAAAAUGUCCAAGAGAAUGGAGUUUCUCCUCAAGAUGGAUUGAAUUCUUGAUCUGCCGAUUGCUGCAAAAAAAUGAAAAUCUACUCUAAAAGAAGCACCAAAAAAUAAUUUUAUCUGCAACUAAAGCACAAUCAUGCAGAUGUUUCAAGACAAAUGUAUCAUCAUUAAGAUUUGAUGAACAAAAAUUAUAGAAAAUUAACAUCCAAUAAGAUUUAUUUUAACAUAGACACAAUAUGAAAUUUUUGGAAGAGGUGGAAACAUUUAUAAGUAGAAUCCCAGCGUAACUUUUGUUCAGCUGCACUGAGACUGAUCGUAUGGGGAAAAUAAAACAAAGGAAGUCCUUCUAGAAACUUUCUUUCACUGUUGCAAAGAAUCUUUGUUUUUAAGCCCCCAGACUGUGUGAGAGUAUUUUUCGUAAAUUAAUCAACUAGUCUUCAAUUGAUGUUUUCACCUUAGUAGCAGAAGCUGUAAUAAUUUUAAGUACGAAAAUAUCUAUCUAAUUUAAUCACCAAAAAUUAAAUAAGAAGUGCCAAGACCUAAAGUGACUCGCAGUGAUUCAGAAAGAAAACCUGCAUGUCUGUGAUAAAGCCUAUCAAAAUAGGAAGAAAAUGUACUGAUGACUCAAACUUCCAUCAAGGUAAUGCUUUACCUUAACAUAGAAAAUUAUUAAAAAGCUUAGCAAAUUUUGUAAUAAAGCUCAACUUGACGCAUUCAAAGGUACGUUUGAAUGCAGCCUUCCAUUAAGUUGCUUUAUUCCUAAAGCAAGUUCCCUCCUGUAUGUAGACAAACAUUUUGUUAAAUUCUAAUCAAGAAUACUCAUUCAUCAGUUAAUGGUGGAUUUAGUGUUAGAAUUGAACAUUUUUGAGAUUUCUUUCACCCUGAAUUCUUUAGUGUGUACUCAAAUUGAAAUUUUCAAAUAAUUUCCUUUUAUGACAUUUAACAUGAGAAAUUUUAAUUAAAAAUAUUUAAAACUAUUCAAUGUAAAUCAUAAAGAAUAAUGGAUAAAUAUCUAAUAAAUUAUCGCUCCAUUCAACCAUGGAGAAUUAAAAAUCCAACUUUCACUCUUUCUUUUAACUUUAGGUUUAGUUGCUCUGUUGAUAAUUUUCCAACCUCAGCUUUCAUUGCGCAACUGCAACUCAAUGGUUCCACUUGAUGAGCCAAUGAAUUUGUAUUUUACAUUUACUAUAUUGUAUUAUUUUAUAUCUGUAUGAAUUUACUCGUUAUCAAUACUUCCUUUGUGAAUCCUUAUAGGAAGUGGAAUGACAUAGUUUGAAAGAUUUGCGCAGCCGUCCGAAAUUUAUCCUUUUUUCCUCGCCAAUGUCACAGUAUUAGUUAACUGAACAAGUAACUCUCCUAGUAGCACUGAGUUGUGGGUGAUUACUGUGAAUUAUUGCUUUUUCAGCCCUGUUUAUUAUCUGCACAUCACACCAGUUUGUCCUCCAUACAAGCUACAUCGAUUUAGUUUUUAAAACUCUCGGUCUGUCAGGAAAGGUAAAAAUAUUUCAGAAAGGAAUAAAAAAAAAAUCUAGAUCCCCCCCAUUUUCAAUUGGCCGUUUGUCACUUUUGCUUGAUAAUGCCGAUAUUAUUGUGGAACUUAUAAAUUGUGCCCCUUCUCACCUCAGAGAAUUUUAGUGUCAGUCUACCAAAAGAUCUCGAAUAAUUAUUAUUUCUCUAUUCUAGAAAAAAACCUUGACUAGGAAUAAUAAAUUUGUACGAACUACUCCGUCCUGUUCAGUCUAUAAAAAACUUGCUAAAAGAAAUUGUUAAAUUUUAAUUAGACUAUGGAGGAAAACCCUCCUUGAGAACCACAUAAAACUUCAAUCUCAAAUAAUAUAGAACAAUGCCUCGGCCUUCCAUGAUCUUAAAUUUUCUGCCCUCUCUUUUUUCAAAUCCUGGAGGCUACCUAUUACAGUUUUGUACCUAAAGAGACACAGGUUUUCCAGCUCAUUGCCAUCUGUUUUUUUUUUUUUAAAAAGUUUUGCUUUCUCAUGUAUGAAUGUGUAAAUUAAUUGUAUAAAAUGUAAAUGUGUUUUGAUUGUCAAAUUGAUAACUACUUAUCUUCUUUUGGUCAGGCUGUACAAAUCCUAAAUUCAUAUCGAAUUUAAUUUUUCCUUGUUCUUUGUAGCCUUUCGCACUUCUCCGCUCCUCAGCUUUUUUUCUAACUAUCAAAGAUUAGGAAUUUUUUUUGUUGGUGCUGUUCUUUUACUGUAAUGACGUCCUAAUUCUAAAUACGGAAAAAUUGAUGUAUCAUACCCUGUUUCAUAGAAUUAUUUUACUGAAAAAUCCUGCCUUAUAUACAUAGAGGAGCAAGCAACCACCAUCAGAAGAUCUUACACUUUUAUUCCUCUGAAUUUUUUUUAAAAUUUGUUUUUUUUUUGGAAUGUUUGGUGGUAAAAUAAUACUCAACUGUCAAAGGUCUAAAUAUUUUAUUUUAAUGGAGUUCCUUAUAGAAAGGGGGAUUUGCAAUGUAACUCACUUUUCUUUGGUAAAAUUUUGCAAAAGAAAACUCAUGAUUGCAUCUCUAGUUUUAGCCGAGACCGACCCCUGAGCUCAUUGAAUUCGCUCAAAGUUGAGGCCAUAGUGUUUUUACAUAUAUGAUCUGAUUAUGUAGCAUUAUCAAGCAGGGUUGUCAUGCCUGGUAAUAAAUACAGUCUUGUGUUGCAUCAAACAGUGAAAGCCAGAAGAACUCAGUUGCAACGCAAAAUUUAAAAGUUUCACCUGAAAGCUUACUUUUUUAUCAGUUAAUCAGCUUUUGCUUUACACCAAACAUUUUUCAGAAUUUUUCGUUAAGUAACCAAGAUAAUCCACAAAAAAUUCUGGAAGAAAAUUUACAACUGAUCUUGAAGAAAUUAAUAAAGUGUGAAAUGAAACUUCAUAACAUAGCGAUGUGAUGAGAUUCCUUGACUCUAGGUGGACUCCUCCUGAACUCGAUAUAUGUAUUAGUACUACCAUCACUAUGGCCUCUUUGUGAAUUUUUUAUUUUUUUGGUAACAAGCUUAUGUGCCUUUUGUGAGCAUGGUAGUUGAUAACAUACCAAGUUUAUAGCUGUAUUGACUUUCUUAAAAAAUAUUACUGAUGUUUUAUGGGUCAAAUUGCAAAUCCCAUUCUCUCCCAGAAAUUCCACUCCUGAAAUAUUUAGAAAUGUCAGCUUUCAAAUUGCCUGUUGUGCAUUAAUUUUCGUUUGAACCAAAAAUUCUUCCUUCUUUUCAUUUUUCUUCGUUUUUUUUCAACCAAAAUUUGCCCCGUUUUUGUCAUUUUGCUAAAUUUGUCCAUAGGUCAAGAGGUGAAGUCAAGUGUAAAAUUUUCUUCUUAAGUCCAGUUUAACUCGACUUAAGUACCUUGUUUUAAUUUGUUAACCCUCUCAAAAAUUAAAGCUAUAAUUUAAAAUUGCAGUUAAUGUUUUAAGAAUUUAUUUUUCAGUUUCAAGCACAAAUCAUAUGAUUUUAUUUUAGUUAAAAUAUUUAAAGAGUAUGUCAAUUUUAGAUCUCAUUUAUUUUCUUAAUUUUUGUGUGCUAGCCCUAACAUUUUUGAAUUUGUAGAUGAAUUAUUGUACAUUUCCUUGAUCUGAUAAAACCUCAAGCAAUUUAA